AUGAUAUUCGGACGAAAAUUCUUGCUGCAGACCGACCACAAACCACUCCUUAAAAUUUUCGGCAGCAAGAACGGCAUUCCCGUUUACACCGCCAAUCGUCUUCAGCGUUGGGCGCUAACGAUGCUGCUGUAUGAUUUCUACAUCCAGUUCAUCCCAACGGCUAGUUUUGGAAAUGCCGACGUGUUGUCCCGCUUGAUGAGCUGUCACAGCAAACCAGACGAGGAAUACGUGAUUGCUGCUCUCCAAACGGAAUCUGACAUGAAAGCAAUUCUCGCAGACUCAAUAUCCAGUUUGCCGGUCACAUCCGAUAUGAUCUCCAAGGAAACGCAAGACGACCUGGUCCUACAAGUGGUAAUCAACUACAUCCGCAAUGGCUGGCCAAACAUUGAAGACCAAUACGAACUUCGCCUGGACCUAUUGAAGCCCUGUGUUCAGAGUCCAACCUUGGAGAACAAGAAGCAGAACGCUGAAUUCAACAGACGGCAUGGCGUAGUGAAGAAAUCAUUCGAUCCGGAUGAUUUGGUCUACGCUCAGGUCCAUCGUCGCAACACAAUCGAUUGGAUUCCGGGACAGGUAAUCGAGCGCAAGGGCAAAGUGAACUACACUGUUUUGCUCGAACAUGGACGCUUGAUUCGAGCACACACCAACCAGCCAAAACAACGAUAUCCGGAUUAA